UAUUUUUCUUGCUCAACUGUCCAAGCUAGUCUUCAAUAAGUGAUCACACAUAUAAAUAUGAAGAGUGUCAUCAAUGAGAAAUGCAUCACUUGUAACAGAAAGUCAAGAACCAUGGCGAGAGCUAGUGACAUUACCACCAUUGUUGCCUUUGUGAUCUUCCUCCUUCCGAAAUCUCAAUCCUCCGAAGUACACCGAGAUCGUAGCUCCUCCUCCAUCCCACAAUCCGAUGUUGACCUUCUAGAAUUCCCUCUAAAUCUAGAGUUCCUUGAAGCCGAGUUCUUCUUGUUUGGAGCAUUGGGUUAUGGCUUGGACAGAGUUGCUCCAAACUUGACCAAUGGAGGCCCAUCGCCCAUCGGCGCUAGACGCGCCAAUUUGGACACCCUCACGAGGGAUAUCAUCUUGCAAUUCGCAUGGCAAGAAGUUGGACACUUGAGGGCUAUUCAGAACACAGUGAAAGGAUUCCCAAGGCCAUUGUUGGAUUUAAGUCCGUCAUCAUUUGCAAACGUCAUGGAUCUUGCAGUUGGGAGAAGAUUGAAUCCUCCUUUCAAUCCUUACGCAAAUACGCUUAACUUUCUUCUUGCAUCAUACCUAGUUCCCUAUGUUGGACUCACUGGCUAUGUGGGAUCAAAUCCAAAACUCAAAAGUUAUGCUUCCAAGAAGCUUGUGGCGGGUCUUCUAGGUGUAGAAUCAGGCCAAGAUGCUGUGAUAAGAGCCCUGCUAUAUCAGCGUGCACUGCAGAGAGUGCCGCCGUAUGGGAUAACCGUGGCAGAAUUCACGAACCAAAUUUCAGAGCUAAGGAAUAGGCUAGGGUCUGCAGGCUUGAAAGAUGAAGGGCUUGUGGUCCCACUUCUUCUAAGUGCCGAGGGAAGAGUCGCAGGCAAUGUGCUCGCCGGAGACGAGUACUCACUGGCAUAUGCAAGGACUCCAGAGGAGAUACUUAGGAUUGUAUAUGGGAGUGGGAAUGAAGAAAGGCCUGGGGGUUUCUAUCCAAACGGAGCUAAUGGUCGUAUAGCAACAUCUCAUCUUAAUCCUGUCUAAAAGCUAAGAUGAGUUCUUGUAUUGCUGAUCCCCAUGUUUACUAUUUAUGUUUAUUUGACUGUAAGCUCUUUCCAAGAUAGUAAAUAACACAGCUUUUUAAAAGCUUUUGAGCCUAA